AUGAGCUUGAUGUCUGCCAUAGACACCAGUGCCUCCGUGUACCAGCCUGCGCAGCUACUGAAUUGGGUCUAUCUCUCUUUGCAAGACACCCACCAAACCAGCGCCUUUGACGCCUUUAGACCCGAACCCAACUCGUCCCACCCGGAGUUGAACUACUGCAAGACUCCCGCAGCGGACUUGAGCUCGUCUCUCAACUCCAACUAUCUCAACAACUUUUUUCAGCUCCAGCGGAAUGAGGUUCGAGACUGAACGUUCUGUCUGUAAAUGUUUUCCUCUAUUAUGGAUGUAUAUUACCGUUAUAUAAUUGCCACGUUAAGUAAAUAGCUUAUUGACUAUGAUCUGUUUUUAUUUGCAUACAUCCCAUCGUAUGUCGAACGCUGUUUUGCAAAAUGUUUAAGGGUGUGCACAUAACCGCCAUGGAUAUUUCGAAUAUGGACAGAAAGACGUGCUCAUCAACUUUUCAGACCUAUUACGGCAAUAUCUGAUUCGAUCAUAUUCAAACAGAAAUAACGUUUAUUUAGUAACAGCCCUUAGUGCAACAUGGAGAAUUCAACAUGCACAAUUUUAGCAGAACUGGUUUUAUAUUGCGCACAAUUCAUACUAGACUAUGGCAUGUCAUUGAUGACUGCCAAUACAGUAAACAAAACAAAAAAGUAGACUAUUUAUUAAAUUAAUGCAAUAACCAGGGAUGAACUUACCAGAAGCAUCGGGUCUAGUUCUUGAAGUGUAAAGCACUGACUAUAACUGUUUUAAACGCGCCAAAGCAAGCAGAAUCACUCCAGCAAAGUUAUCUGUGCCUUUCAAUUGGGUGUUAAGAUGUUGAGUUAACAUUGAGAGAAGUGUCUGUCUUUGAUUUAGGCGGCUUUAAAGGCAAUUGUUUUGACUCAAUGCUCAGUGCAGGCAACGCCAGACUCGAGCGUACCACACGUAGGAGCGUGAUGCAUCUGGGUCUGUGGUCUGCAUGCUGAUGUGCUCGAGAGGUCUUCGGGUUAAACGUUAGUAGCGCGCAGAAAUGCCUAUGCCUCAUUGCAAGGGGUUGGUCAAAAUGCUGUGUCUGUACAUACAGUUGUAUAGGUUAACCCACUUCUACCCUACAGGUUUGACUAGUUGUUUUACAUUACAUUACAAUGAUCUAUUUCCCCCGACUUCUGCAAAUAGAUCAGAUUGUGCAAACAAAAACAAGACUUGUUUAAACACUUUCUAUAUUUAUGUCAUCAUGGAUAUUUACAGGCAAACAUGCCAUCAAUGCAACUGAUAGUCCAGACCAUAUGUGACUGCAAAUGGCAUCCUAUUCUCGACAAAGUGCAUUAGAUCCCUAUGUGCUCUGGUCAAAUAGUACACUACAUAGGGAAUAGGGUGCAAUUUGGGAUGUACCCAGGUCUGAACAGCCUUAUGGAGAGAGAGCAUCUGGGCCUAAUAGGUGAUUGAACGUGUAUUACAAUGAUCUCAUGUGUUAAAGAUUAAACUGACACUAGGUUUUAGAGAGAGAGAGAAAGAAUGAGAGAGAGAGAGAGACUGUGUGUGUGUGUGUGUGUGUGUGUUUCUUUGUGUGUGUGUGUGAGAGAGAGAGAGAGAGAGAGAGAGAGAGAGAGAGAGAGAGAGAGAGAGAGAGAGAGAGAGAGAGAGAGAGAGAGAGAGAGAGCGUUUUACUUGAGAGAGAGCGUUUUACUUGAUGGCCAAAAAGCUCAAUUUUAGUCUCAUCUGACCAUAGUACAUUCUUCCAUAUGUUUGGGGAGUCUCCCACAUGCCUUUUGGCGAACACCAAACGUGUUUGCUUAUUUCUUUCUUUAAGCAAUGGCUUUUUUCUGGACACUCUUCCGUAAAGCCCAGUUCUGUGGAGUGUUAGGCAUAUCCCUUAAUUUCAUAACGGGGAUAGCUAUGUAGCCUUUGAAAAAUAUUAUGAUGGUAAUCAUAAAACAUGUUUCUACCCAACCAUUUUAAUGCAAGUUAAGUACCUGUUGGAUAAAAAACUAAUGACAGGCCUGAUGGAAACAGUGUAAUUGUCGGUAAACUCUCCUAAAUCUCGACAGAACAAAACAUGCUAGACUGGUGGAUAAUUGGUUUGUCUGUCAAAUAGAUCAUGCACAAAUGGCAGUGGAAACACUUUUUUGUGCAUUUGUUGCUAGAAUAACCAUCAUGUACCCUUUGCACUGUAUCUGCGAGCUGUUGGCUAGAGCACAUGUGCCAAGACCAAAGUUGGGCACAUUUGUGCCAAAACCACCAACAGAGUUAAAAAUGGGUUGAUGGAAACCUAGCUACCAACAUAAAAAAUACUACAGUUUACUAUAGAAUACUACAGUACUUACUAUAGAAUUCCGUAAUAAACUGUAGUAUACUGUAGAAUACUAUACUACACGUUGUAGUAUCCCUCGAUAAUGUGUAGUACUUAGUAUAGCAUUUUGUAGUGUACUGUAGAAUACUAUAAUACAUAGUAUAAUAUUAUCCACAAAAAAACACUGUAGUAAAUACUACAGGAAUGUCAGCAAAAACACUACAGUACGCAAAACAUGACAUUAUUUUAACUAUAGUAAAUACUACAGCAUUUCAUUUGCAAAUACCCUGCCCAUUCCCCUUCCCAUAUCCCAAUAUGCCACCAGUAAGUGAGAAACCUACAUGCCAAGUAUAGACCAUAUAUUGUGUUCCCUACAGGUUAUAGAAAAUAGCAGAAGCUCUGAACUCUCCGUUCAGAACCCAGUCCUACCUACCUACAGGUUAUGGAAAAUGUGCUCUUUUAGUAUUUCUUAAGGAGAAAGCCCCCCAUUUCUAUUUCAAAGAUAAUAAAACAAAAGCACUUUAGUUAAUACUACGGUAAUGUCCCCAAAAAGUAAAUACUACAGUAUACUACAGUCCGCAAAAACCCAACAGUAAAUACUACAGUAUACCGUACUACAGUCUGAAAAAACACUACAGUAAAUACUACAGUAUACUACAGUGCGCAAAAACACUACAGUAAAUACUACAGUAUACUACAGUCCGCAAAAACACUACAGUAAAUACUACAGUAUACUACUGUCUGCAAAAACACUACAGUAAUUGCUAUAGUAUAUACUACUCUUUUUUUACUACUGUAUUUAUACUAUAGUCAACUGUAAAUACUACAGUAUACUACAGUAAAGUCAGCAAAAACAUUACAGUGAAUAUUAUAGUAUUCCUGCCAUUGUAUACUUUUAUAUUUCUUAAUGUCGGUAUAGAGGCUUUUCAGCCAUUUAACAUAAAUCAGGCCUCUUAAACAUGGGUGUGGUUUUCAUACAUUAAAAACCAUUGUGUAAUGUCAUACGAUCCUACGAUUCCCCAUUGAGUAAUGUGUUGCAAAAACUGAACACACAAACACCCACACACACGCCUAUGCAUGCACGUGUGUGCACACAUGCACACAUGAUGCAUACACACACAUGCAAUCACGAUGCACACACACUUGCGUGCGUGCGCACACACACACACACACACACACACACACACACACACACACAAAGAGAGUCUGGAAACAGUUGAAGCAGAGGGGGCUUUUUUUCUCAACCUCACUGCAACGCCAAGUACAACAACCCACUUCUGAUGCUUGAUCUGUUGGGAUGAGUAAUGUGCAUUUGUUUUUGUUGUUGUUGUCGAUGACGUCAAAUUUUUUUUUUUUUUACCAGGUUUCCAUCCAACCUUUUUAAAAGUACAUGUCAGAUCAAAAAUGUCACGACAGGCCUGAUGGAAACAGCUAAUUUGUCGGUAAACUUUCCAAAUGUUGACAAAACCAAAUAAGCUAGACAAGGUGGGAUCUUUUUGUGUCUGUAAAAUGUAUUAUGCGAGAAAUGUCGGUUGAAACACAUUUAAUGCGCAAAUAUUGAUAUAAUAACCAUCAUAUCGAAGUAAAGUUGGAGUCACGCGAUGAUAUGGUGUGUGGACCUCCCACUACGACUCGGGAAAGCAUACAGUUUAUUAGACUACAGAUUAAAUAAAUUAUGAUGAACUUCACAGGGUGGUGAAAGUGCACAGUGAUUGAUGCUCCUUUCCAAUAAAUAUCAAGGUUCUUAUUUUGGUGAAAUGAUGAUCAAUGCUCUGAUCCAGAGUAAUUAGGGUAAAGUCUUGCUCAAGGGCACAUCAACUUUUUUUCACCUAGUUGGCCCAGGGAUUUGAACCAGCAACCUUUCGGUUACUGGCCCAAAUGCUCUUAACCGCUUGGCUACGUGCCACCCUAUAACGCAAAUCAAUUUCUGACAAAACCAUAAGUAGAGUUGAAAAUGCGAUGGAAACCCAUUUAACUUGUUUUUUUUGUUCGGUACAUGGGAAUUUAACCGCAAAUUGUAUUUUUAUGUCAGCAAGCAAAGCAUUUUAUCCGCAAAAUGUCAAUUUGAUGGAAACACAUCUCUGGUGGGAAAAUGUGCAUAUUCUUUUCAUGCAGAUUUUAGAAUAUUUGCAUGAAAAUCUGUCACCAAUUGGAUAGAAACCUAGCUAGUGUCUCAUCAAAUGAAAUAGGAAAUAAAUUAAAGGCCAAGUGCUGUCCAAAUUCUGUUUAUAUCAUAUUGUACAACAGCUGAUGAAACUAACACUGUAAAAGUGUGAUUUUUUAAUCAAUGUUAUUUCCUGAUAGUUGCUGGUUGAAAAUACAGGAUAUUCUAAUCAGCAGGUUUGCAUGGACGGGAUAUUUCGGCUUUCCAUGGUGACAUCACCAUGCGGUAAAUUGGUUAAUAGACCACUCCUAAACAGUCAUAGCUAAAUUCUUGCUUGAGAAAUAGUAUUUUGCUAAAAAGCUACUUUUGCCCAUUUUAAUGGAAAUCUAUUAAAGCAAGAUACUUAAUUGUUACCCAGAAAUUAUUUGAUAUUGAUAUGAAAACGGCUGCAUUGGGCCUUUAAGGGGUUAUGAUGUGAGGAGAAUGAGUGGUUGUGAACAGAGUUGAGCAAUAUUUCUAUUACAGGUAUUUCAAUACAUAUUUCAAUUUAUUUUGUUAUAUGCCACAGAGUGACAAGGAGUUGAAUGUUGGCACAAAACAGGUCUGGAUUCCAGGCUAAAGAUUAUGCUCCAUAUUGAAUAUUGCACAAGAGACAGUAUUGCUCCUGAUCUCCAUGCUUGCAAUCCUGUGGUAGAAGCUACUCUAAUCACUUAACCUAUUUGUAUUGGAGAAAUAGAGUAUAUCAAUGGCUGUGUCCGAAAUCGUUCUUGCCUACUAUGAGCUCUGUUCAAAAGUAGUGCACUAUAUAAGGAAUAGGAUGCCAUUUGGGACGCAACCUAACAGCAGUGUUUCCCUCCUCUGGGGUGUAACGGCUCACCCAUGGAGCUGUGAAUUCAGCCACUUACUCAGAUGAGAUGAGUAAUGUGUCCCAAAUGGCACCCUAUUUCCUUUACAGAGACUUGCAAAAGUAUUCAUCCCCCUUGGCGUUUUUCCUAUAUUGUUGCAUUACAACCUGUAAUUUAAAUGGAUUUUUAUUUGGAUUUCAUGUAAUGGACAUACACAAAAUAGUCCAAAUUGGUGAAGUGAAAUGAAAAAAAUUAAAUAAAAAAAAUAACGGAAAAGAGGUGCGUGCAUAUGCUAUGAAGCCCCUAAAUAAGAUCUGGUGCAACCAAUUACCUUCAGAAGUCACAUAAUUAGUUAAAUAAAGUCCACCUGUGUGCAAUCUAAGUGCCGCAUGAUCUCAGUAUAUCUACACCUGUUCUGAAAGUCCCCAGGGUCUGCAACACCACUAAGCAAGGGGCACCACUAAGCAAGGGGCACCACCAAGCAAGCGGCACCAUGAAGACCAAGGAGCUCUCCAAACAGGUCAGGGACAAAGUUGUGGAGAAGUAUAGGUUAUAAAAAAAUAUCUGAAAUUUUGAACAUCCCAUGGAGCACCAUUAAAUCCAUUAUUACAAAAUGGAAAGAAUAUGGCACCACAACAAACCUGCCAAGAGAGGGCCGCCCACCAAAACACACGGACCAGGCAAGGAGGGCAUUAAUCAGAGAGGCAACAAAGAGACCAAAGAUAACCCUGAAGGAGCUGCAAAGCUCCACAGCGGAGAUUGGAGUAUCUGUCCAUAGGACCACUUUAAGCCGUACACUCCACAGAACUGGGCUUUACGGAAGAGUGGCCAGAAAAAAGCCAUUGCUUAAAGAAAGAAAUAAGCAAACACGUUUGGUGUUCGCCAAAAGGCAUGUGGGAGACUCCCCAAACAUAUGGAAGAAUGUACUAUGGUCAGAUGAGACUAAAAUUGAGCUUUUUGGCCAUCAAGUAAAACGCUCUCUCUCAAGUAAAACGCUCUCUCUCUCUCUCUCUCUCUCUCUCUCUCUCUCUCUCUCUCUCUCUCUCUCUCUCUCUCUCUCUCUCUCCUUGUUUACUGUAAGUCAUCCUUCUCUAAAGUCCUGUCUUCCUUUGUGACAUCCCCAGUACUUUUCCAGUUCAUAAGCAACAGCUGGACGGAGCGCCAGAUGUGCUGAAUUUAAUGAGAGAAAUUAUCAAGGAUCUUUUUUCUGCGUAAGAGAAAAGACGGAGGGCAUAGAACAGUCAACGGAAAUUGGUGAUUAAAUUCAAGAGCAUCGCAAAUGAAAAAAAAUCCAGACCUGCUUUUCUAUGUGAUAUUGUUUCGUUAGUGGUAUCAUGUAUCCAUAGGUUGUCAAACUACUCUGUAAGCAUGAUAGAGGGGAGUUGCAGGUGCUCUUCGUAAAAAUACCCAUAAAGCUCGGUGCUCUGCCACAAAAGUAAUGAGGGAAUAAAAACAGGCGGCACUUCAAACUUUGCACUAAGUUACCACGAGAAAGACAUCAUCACCUCAUUUUCAUAUCUUCCUUUAUUCUACAUUUCUUGCCAUGUUUUUUCUCUGCGUAAUAUACCAACCACGUUUUCCUGUCUCUCCCUGUUCCAGGCAUUGAAUAACAGGGUAUAUAAGAAUGUCUCGCCAUAUGACUCGCUCAACAACAUCGUUGAUGGACUCAAUUCCUUGACGGACCACUUCUCCGACCUCUCCCUCUCCUCAGAGCCCCGCAAGCCCAGCAAAAGACCCCCGCCCAACUACCUGUGCCACCUCUGCUUCAACAAGGGCCACUACAUCAAAGACUGCCCCCAGGUAGGACACAGACUGAGACAGUCCUUAUUCAUUCACAUUUAUGUUUGUUUGUUCAUUCAUUCAUUCAUUCAUCCAUCCAUUUAUUUUUUGGGGUUCUACCUCUAAUUCUAUUGGUUCAGUGUCUUUCGAUUUCAAAAUGCUAAUGGCUGCCAUCGAGAGCCAACAUGGCGUCCUUUGAGUCAUGUGACCAUAUUUCCAGCCAAUCAUGUCCCUUUUGAGUUGACCAAUGGCUGUGCGGCGAUGGCAUCUGUGUGAUGCCCUGACCUAAAUGUCAGACAGACAGGCCUCUGUCCUCUGUGGUCAUGAGUGUGUGUUAAUUGCGCAGACGGAUAGACUACUGAACUUCACUAUGAGGUAG